AUGGACGACACCAGCCGCGACGCGACGCAACAGAUUCAUCCUGGAAGGGACGAUGGCCACCGCGACCAAGUCGAUGAACAGGAUCGCUCGGUGACAGACUCGACAGAGUCCUGCGAGCAGCCUCAGGCGGCAGCUGCGCCGAAGACGUUGCUCCCGGAUAUCCCCUCUGGCGAGCUUAGCUUUGACCUCGGUUUCGCAACGCCUGAGCAGACGGAGACUACCGAGUUCCAGAAGCUGCAAAAGCGAGCAUCGAAUGUCAUGAAGCUAAGCGAGGAGAACGACAAACUUAAGGAGGAAUUAAAGGCGAUGACAGAGCGACUCGAGGCUGCGGAAAGGAGAAAAACCGAACUACAAGCGCGGCGCCAACAGGUCAUGGAACCUCCCUCAUCCUAG